AUGUCAACGAUAACUUCGAUAGCAUCGAACGACAAAGGAGGGUGGAAAGAGUUAUCACGAAUACUCGCGGAAAUCUUGUACCCAAUGGGGUUUGACUUGGUCAAGGCGUUUCCUGCCGAGAGAUACAACUCCAAUUUAUCGUCCGCGGGGACAUUGGUUCCACUGUCGGCAACAAAUUUCAAAAACACCGACAAGUCCAUUUCCACACAACACAAUCAUUCAUCCACCUUAUCAGUAAUAAUAGGUAACACUAAACACCUUUGGCCAAUUUUCCUGAACCAUUAUGUGAAGAACAUGCGAGAAAACGCCGGUGAUACUCAAUGUGCCAACUCGACGACCGAAGAAAUGGACGACACCUAUAAGAGGGACAACCCGUUAGACUGGUAUACCCAAGUUAGCGUUGAGUCGGCGGUGAAGAGUGCAGUUUCGAAGUUUGCUGGCAAUACUUCCAAAUACGAUAUUCGAUAUGUCUUCGAUCUGAGUGAGGAUAGAUUCGUGGCAUUUCAGCAGUUAGCACAGGACGCGGGGUUGUCAUAUUACAAUAAGAUAUGUUAUUUGAAUGUUCACUCCGAAUAUGGUCCGUGGAUUGGAUUGAGGGCUGUUGUAACAUUUGAUGCUGAAGGGCCACCAAACACUCCGGAUCUAUUUCCCACACUUGAAAAUCCAUAUCCAAAAGGGGAUCAACUAUUGCGAACGAAAAUGGACGAAAUAUUUGUCAUGAACGACGGUGGUUACCACCAGUCAUCGAAGAGCACGAGUGUCACCGAGAGCGUCGCAAGUAUUCGUAGGGACUGGCAUAAAUGGGUGGAGUUACGCGAUAUCGCCGGUGGAUUCAUGACCGAGGAGAUGAAAUUUAAAUACCGAUACUUCGAGGAACAGUUAGAAUAUCAUUAUACAAAGAAUUUGAAAUUAUUAUUGAAAGCAGAUUCGCAAUGUUUGUAG